AUGAAACACUUCCUGAGGAUGUUUGUCCAGGUAUGCCUGUACUUCUACUGCAAAUGCUUGUGGCGCUGCCUGAAAUUUGUGGUCAGGAAACUGACAGGUCAAUGUGAAUUGCAAAGGAUCUGUUACAACACCAAACCUGGAGCUGCCAGAACUAUGAAAAUAGAGGCAUCCCUGAAAGGUUCAAAAAGUAAGCGGCUGCAAACAUCAGUAAAUGUUCACCCUGAUGCUAUUGAAAAAACGAUAGAUGACAUCAUGGAGCUGAAAAGGAUUAAUCCAGAUAUAAAUCCACAGUUGGGAGUGUCUCUCCAGGCAUGCCUGCUGCAGAUUGUGGGCUACAGAAAUCUCAUUGCAGAGGUGGAGAAGCUGCGCCGGGAGCCGUACGAUUCAGAGAAUCCACAGCACGAGGAAAUGCUGCUGAAGUUGUGGAAAUGCUUGAAGCCGAAUUCACCACUGAAAGCUCGGAUUUCGAAGCAAUGGUGUGAAAUUGGUUUCCAAGGUGACGAUCCUAAAACAGACUUCAGAGGAAUGGGUCUCUUGGGCUUAUAUAACUUGGUGUAUUUUGCUGAAUGGGACACUGAGAUAGCUCAGCAAGUUCUCACUGAUUCUCUUCACCCUAAAUACAGGGAAGUCACUAAGAAGGAACUAAGCCACCUUAGCAAAGCUGAAUGGGAGAAGAAAAAGUUUGAUAAGGCGAUUGGCUACUCUUUUGCUAUCGUGGGCAUUAACAUAACAGACCUUGCUUACAACCUGCUCGUGAGUGGGGCUCUCAAGACCCAUUUCUACAAUGUUGCUCCAGAGGCACCAACGCUCACUCACUUUCAGCAGACCUUCUGCUACUUAAUGCAUGAAUUCCACAAAUUCUGGAUUGAUGAGGAUCCACUGGACAUAAUGGAAUUCAAUCGCGUCAGAGAGAAAUUUUACAAGCGAAUCUUGAGACAGCUCCAGAACCCAGAGAUGGCUCUGUGUCCUCAUUUUGCUGCAUCAGAAAGUUUAAUCAACAUGUAGUUACUCAGUUGAUUUAAUUUGGAAGCACCGUCUCACUCUUGGUUUAGAUCACUGUUAGACCACCACUAGCAUACUGAAUGACCAUGGCAAUCGUGUGCAUGUUUUUGGCGCAGUGUUCAUCUAUUUUUGUCACAUGAUCCCCUUAUGCUUCUCUUGUUGGGGAUUUUUCAUUUUAAAUGGGUGCUCAUAUUGCCUCAUUAUGCAGUGUUAACCUUCUGAAUUGAUGUCCAGAUAUCAGAGUUUUUUCUAUUUUUUUAGACUUUCCUCAUAAUUCAGCAUUGACAAUUGAAUUGUAUUUCUCUAGCAGUGUUUUUGUAUAUGUGGAAUAAGUAGCUGGAUCUUGUAUUGUGAAAGCUUUUUAACUUCUCGGUAUGUUUUAAGAUAACUACUGGCAUUUCAAGCAAAAUAUAUGUUUGAACCUCAUCUAGAAGAUAAUGUAAUUUAAUCUAAUGCAGACAAACACAUUAAAGUCCAAUUUUCUCC